AUGCCGUCCAGUAGUCAGUUGUUAUACCCGGCUGUUGGCCUCUUGAUGGUCAUAGCGAUAAUUGAGCUGUCCUUCGUCUCCGCCACGGUUGGCUUCUUACAUGGCCCUGCGAGCGGCACAUUUCCAUUCACCAGCGAUGGAGCAACGAUCAACCUUAAGGGCGAACCAAAGGAUCUCAUGACCGAUCAAGGGCACACGAGCAAUGCAGCCGCCGGUACUGCCUUUAUCCUCAUCGGCCUCGGAGGAUCCCUCGCUCUCUUCCUGCGCUCCCGUCCGAAUCCCAGCAAUUUUGCCAUCUAUUUUCACCAUCUCUGGGUGCUGGUCAACUUCCUGAGCUUCCUUCUCAGCUUCGGCGCACUCGUUUACGUCUUUGUCGUCACCAAUUGCUAUGCCGGCCAGGCGAUCGAUGUUGCCGUCGCUGCUGGUCUUGACGGACAAAAGUAUGACGUGGGGACUUGGACACCCCAGGGCUGGUUCUCUGCUCUCCUUGAGCUCGACCUUGUGAACCCCGGCGACAGAUCUAAAAUAUCUUCCAUUGUGCGCAUUACUCAAGGCUGGCAGUACAACUUGAUCCCCUUUUUCAUCAUCCAUCUGGUCGAGACUAGCAUUGCGAUUUGGGAUGCUUUGCAGAGACGCAAACCCGUUUCCCUUACGGGGAGCACCGAGAAAACGGCAGCCUGA